AAUGCGUGAAUUUGUUUUUGUAAACAAUGUUUUGAAUGAAUUGAAUGUCAAUCUAAAGCUGAGGAAUGGUUCUUCAGUUCAAGACUAAUGGCUUUAACUGCUAUGGCGUGGCCUUCAGUCCACAUCACCCGCGAAGACUGGGCUGUGUUUCGGCGCAGAACUACGGCAUCGCUGGAAGCGGCGCUUUGUAUGACUUGGAAAUGAUGGACACUCUUCAGGGACCGCAGAUCCGAUGCAAUCGACUCAUGCCCUCAAACGGCGACCCAUUGUAUGACUUGUGU